UUACGUGGGAAGCUAUGUGGAAAUCUGAAAUAUUAUCUGUCACCUCAUUAUAGUACAGUGGUGCCAUCUGAUGAAAUAACAGUUAAUUACAGAUAUGGCCUUCCUUUGAUAACACUUCCUUUGCCAUCCAGAAAAGAGCGGUGUCAGUUUGUAGUCAAACCAAUGUUAUCAACAGUUGGUUCAUUCCUUCAAGACAUACAAAAUGAAGAUAAAGGUGUCAAAACUGCAGCCAUCUUCACAGCAGAUGGCAACAAGAUUCCAGCUUCAACACUGAUGGGAAUUUUGCUAAUGAAUGAUUUUAAACUUGUCAUCAAUAAAAUAACGUAUGAUGUGCAGUGUCCCAAGCAAGAAAAAUUGAGUAGUGAGCAUGCUACUGAGAUGGAAACCAUGAUGUCUUUGGUUUACAGACUGUUUACAGCCAUACAUUUUGACAAGUACCAGAAAAAGAAAGAGAACCAUUUACUGGAGAAAAUUGACCACCUGAAGAAACAGCUGCAGCCCCUCGAAAAGCUAAAAGCUGGAAUUGAAGGUCGCUCUGAAGCCAGAAUUAGCAGACUUCUAUGGACUGGAUUAGCGCUGCUGUCCAUUCAGGGUGGGGCACUGGCUUGGUUCACUUGGUGGGUGUACUCCUGGGACAUCAUGGAACCAGUUACAUACUUCAUCACAUUUGCAAAUUCCAUGGUCUUUUUUGCAUACUUUCUAGUCACUCGACAGGAUUAUACUUACUCAGCUGUUAGUGGUAGGCAAUUUCUUCACUUCUUCUAUAAGAAAUCAAAGCAGGAGCAUUUUGAUGUGGAACAAUACAACAAAUUAAAAGAUGACCUUGAGAAGGCUAAAGCAGCCUUGAAACAUUUGCGCCAUAGUCUCUAUUUUCGAUUGCCAGUGGAGGAAGAACUCAAUGAUAAGAAUUAACCAUACAUUUUUAAAUGUCAUUAAACUUUUCUAUUUUGUGUUGAUUUUGC